CUGCUGCUCCAGGGAAGUCAACGCGGAAAGGGUUAAAAUAAGGGGGAGGACGCCAAAUGACUGCAAGUCACUUGUGCGGAUGAGAGGAAAGAGAAGCGUAGAAGAAGUCCAAGAACUGGUGAAUGCUCAGGAUGCUGGGGGUAAGAAGGGCUGCCAGGAAUGUGGAUUUUCCUGGAAUGAGUGCACAUCUCUUGCCAUUCUUUCAGCAUGUUAUUCCUUUCCGGAGUGUUCAGCCGUGCUGCUGCUCUCUGACUGAUCUCGUAUGCUGAGUGCACGGGGGCUCAGCUCAAAUCGUGAAUGUGCAUGAGUGAGACGGCACUUCGGUGGCGACUCCUGGCACACUGUUAGGACGUGAAAGUAGCAGAAAACUGUGGUUCCCCCCAAAAUGAAUUUGAGCAAUGGUGAAACUUCGACUGUCAGUGGACAGAACAGAAAUGGUGCAAGUGGCAGCUGGGAAGAUACCAAAAGACUUGUGAAGCCCUCCACUCCGACUAGGAAACCUCAACCACCCAAACCCGAGAACGCCAUCACCAUCGCCGUGUCAUCGCGGGUGCUCUUCAACAUGGAGCGGGAGCAGCAGAUCUACGAGCGACAAGGCAUGGAGGAGUAUCUCAAGUACCAGCUGGAGCAUGAAAGCGAGCCUUUCAGUCCUGGCCCUGCCUUCUCCUUUGUCAAGGCUCUGGAGGCUGUCAACAAUCGACUGCGUGAGCUUUAUCCGCAGAGCGAGGAGCUGUUUGACGUGGUGCUCGUGACAAACAACCACGCGUACGUGGGCCUCCGACUCAUCAAUACCAUCAAUCAUCAUCACUUACUGAUCGAGCGCUUUUGUAUGACUGGAGGAAACAGUCCUAUAGGUUACUUGAAAGCCUACCACACAAACUUGUACCUUUCUGCUGAUUCUGCCAAGGUGCGAGAAGCUCUGGAAGAAGGGAUUGCAGCGGCCACCAUGUUCACCCCAGAGAAGAUGACGGAAGUGUCGGAGACUCAGCUUCGCGUCGCUUUUGACGGCGACGCUGUCCUCUUCUCAGACGAGUCGGAACGCAUUUUCAAGGCCCACGGACUGGACAAGUUCUUUGAACACGAAAAGGCUCAUGAGAACAAGCCUCUGGACCAUGGCCCACUGAAAGGCUUCCUGGAGGCUUUGGGAAAACUACAAAGCAAGUUUUUUGACAAAGGCCUGCGCAUGGACUGCCCUAUCCGCACAUACCUGGUGACCGCUCGCAGUGCCGCCAGCUCCGGUACCAGAGCCUUAAAAACUCUACGGUCGUGGGGCCUGGAGAUUGACGAGGCUCUCUUCUUAGCAGGGGCGCCCAAGGGACCCAUGCUGGAGAAGAUCAGGCCGCACAUUUUUUUCGACGACCAGAUGUUUCACGUGGAAGGGGCGGCCGAGCUUGGCACGGUGGCCUGUCACGUUCCCUAUGGCAUUGCGCAGAGAGCUGCAAAGAAAUGACUUCUUGAACACUUUGAUGGAGAAACUGCUUCGGCAUGAUGGUGGAUCUGCUCCAGAAUGUAGAAGUUAUUUAAGAAAACCUAUGCUAAUGUGGAUUCAAAUCAUUGCACAUGACAAAAAUGUGAUUUCAUGUCAGAAUUGUCAGAAUCUAUAACACGUUUUUUUGUUUAAACUUAAUGUAAAUUUGUUAAAUGUCAUAGUCAUUUUGUGGAUUUUUAUUUUGCUCUUGCAUGUUAGUGGCAUGUUGUUCAUGUGGUUGAUUGUAUUUUACCAUGACUAAUUUGGUAUGUUGUGAAAUAAAAUAAAAAACAUGAAUAUAUAGUUGUCUCAUUAAAAUGGAACACAUUUUGUAUAUUAUUAUCAACACCUCAUUUCUGCUCAUUGUC